AUGCAUUCUCCAAGCCCAUUGGCUGAUGAGAACGAUGACCGACAGGGAGUCGCGGCCGCCUAUCGGAGGAAGGGGCGGGGCCUCUCUAGCUUGGUGCGCGCGCAGCUUGACGGGAGUUGGUUGGCGGUCUCCGUCGAGGAUUUCUCGUUAGCUCAAGGCAACCGUUUAACCUUAACCCUGGACCCUUCUGAGGAAUUCCCGUCCCCGCUCCGGGUACCUCGGACCUCAGGGUUCAGGAGGACUGAGUCAGAAUUUAACCAAAGUUGCUAUGCGCCCUUCCGAUCACCGCGGCCAUCUCCCAAGUCUGAAGAGGCUGAUGAGGUGAGCGAGGAGUCUUUGAAGGCUGACAUUCAGAAACUGAAGGAGAAGAAGGACAUGCUGGACAAGGAGAUCACCCAGCUAGUAACAGAGGGCUACCAUGUGAUUGAACUGGAGGACCACAUCGCCCUCCUCCAUGAGUACAAUGACGUCAAGGAUGUAGCCCAGAUGCUACUAGGCAAGCUGGCUGUGACCCGAGGUGUCACCACCAAGGAACUAUAUCCAGAUUUUGAUCUAGACCUGAGUGACUGAGCAGAGUCAUGGAGAUUUUACCCACAGCCCACGGGGACGGGUGGAUGGGGACAUGAAGAAUAGAGCCCAGACAGCACAUUCAUAUGGUUUCCAGAUAAAAAGGGUUAGAAGCCCAAAAAUUUCUAAAGCACCCAAACAGUCAGGGGUGGGUCCUAGAGAAGAAGGGUGUUGGGAGGGGUCAGAUUUGUUAGUGCUAAGGUUCCUAAAUUUGUGAAUGGCUAUGUGUGCUUGUCCAUUUUGUUAAUAAACAUGAGCUGUCUGUGUCUCUGAUCCCUGUCCU